AAUAAAAACUUCUUGCAUAAUUAUGGGAGCUGCUCUCUGCUUUAAAAAGCGGAAAGAGAAGCUAGAAACCACGGUGGAAUCCCUGUUUGAGAUAUCUGCAGAAGAUAUUGAUGGGCAGGAACACCUUCUAGCGGAUCUCGCUAAAGACAAGAAGUGUAUAAUGGUAGUUAAUGUCGCCUCGAAAUGAGGAUUGACCAAGACUCACUAUACACAGAUGGUCAAGAUUCACAACAAAUAUAAAGACAAGGGAUUUGAAAUCUUUGCUUUCCCUUGCAACCAGUUCUUGAGCCAAGAACCUGGAUCAAAUGAGGACAUCAAGAAGUUUGCUAGAGAGAAAUAUGGAGCUGAAUUCCAAUUAUUUUCUAAGAUCGAUGUAAAUGGGCCUAACACCCAUGAAGUGUUCAGAUUUUGUAGGAGACACUCUCCUCUCUAUGAUGAUGAGACAGACACUAUCCAAAACAUCCCAUGGAACUUUGCUAAGUUCCUAAUUGAUGAGGAGGGAAAUGUUGUAAAUUAUUACUCUCCUAAAUCAAAUCCAGAUGUUUGUGUUCCAAUGAUAGAGGAAAUGCUUGGAUUGUAAUUCAGCCUGAAUCAAGUCUAAAAUGACUAGAGCUUGAUAAUGCAAAUGCCUAAAAUGAUACCCCAUUUAGCUAAACUACUCAAAAGCAAUGGGGUUGAAGAAAGGUAGUGGCAUUUAAAAGAUCGUCAUUUUAAUUAAAAAUUUACCGU